AUGGCGGCGGGGUCGGGUGGGAAUGGGGGCUCCGGGGGAGGCCCCGGGCCGGGGCCGGGUGGGGGUGGUGGCCCCGGCGGGAGCGGCCCAGGGCCGGGGUCCGGCGGGGGUCUGGGCAGCGGCGGGGAGCUGCACCCGCGCACCGGGCGCUUGGUGAGCUUGUCGGCCUGUGGGCGUACAGCGCGGCGGCAGCAGCCAGGCCAGGAGUUUAACCACGGUCUGGUGUUGAGUCGGGAACCCUUGCGCGAUGGACGCGUCUUCACCGUCCGCAUCGAUCGCAAGGUCAACUCCUGGAGUGGCUCCAUUGAGAUUGGGGUGACGGCACUGGACCCCAGUGUGCUGGAUUUCCCAAGCAGCGCCACAGGGCUGAAGGGGGGCUCGUGGGUAGUGUCGGGCUGCUCGGUGCUGAGGGAUGGACGGUCUGUGCUGGAGGAGUAUGGGCAGGACCUCGACCAGCUUGGCGAAGGGGACCGUGUGGGCGUGGAGCGCACGGCUGCCGGGGAGCUGCGGCUCUGGGUGAACGGGCGGGAUUGCGGUGUGGCUGCCACGGGUCUUCCAGCUCGUGUCUGGGCCGUCGUGGACCUUUACGGCAAGUGCACACAGAUCACUGUGCUCCCCCCUGAGCCGGGCUUCAGCCCCCCUAUUCCCAGCCCCACGCCUCCCCUUGAGCCCUCUGCCCCCCCUGAAGAUUCUGCCUUGGCUGAACAGGGGACCUCUGGGGAUGAAGCCUUCAUGGUAUCCCCAGCGCAGGCCCGACCGGAGACGUUUCCUAACAGCCUUGAGUCGCAUAAUGACUUUGCCAGCAUGGAGCUCUCCGAGGUGGUGAGCAAUGCCAUCCUGUCUGCGUACAACGGGGGGCUCCUAAAUGUGAACCUGAGCUCCCCUCCAGCAGGGGAAGCACUGGGGCCUAGCGGUGCUGCCACCUCACCCAUUGUCACCUCCAACGAUGCUCUCCUUUUCCAUGAGAAGUGUGGAACCCUCAUCAAGCUCAGCAACAAUAAUAAGACUGCUGAGCGCCGCCGGCCCCUGGAUGAAUUCAACAACGGGGUUGUCAUGACCAACCGCCCGCUCCGGGACAAUGAGAUGUUUGAGAUCCGCAUCGAUAAGCUCGUAGAUAAGUGGUCAGGCUCCAUUGAGAUUGGUGUCACCACCCACAACCCCAACAAUCUGGAGUACCCAGCCACCAUGACCAACCUGCAGUCAGGCACCAUCAUGAUGAGCGGCUGUGGGAUCCUGACCAAUGGCAAGGGCACCCGCCGGGAGUACUGUGAAUUCAGCCUGGAUGAGCUGCAGGAGGGUGACCACAUUGGUCUCACAAGGAAGUCCAACUCUGCCCUGCACUUCUUCAUUAAUGGCAUUGAUCAGGGUGUGGCGACCCCCUUGACGCCCCCAGUGGUGUAUGGUGUGGUGGACUUGUAUGGGAUGGCCGUGAAGGUGACCAUCGUCCACAAUAACAACCACAGUGACCGCCUUCGCCGGAACAAUGCCAUCCUGCGGGCUCUGUCCCCUGAGGGUGCUCUCCGCCGGGCUGCUCCUACAACCCAGGCAGAACCCGAGCGCCUGCUCUUCCACCCCAACUGUGGGCAGAAGGCAGCCAUCACCCACGAGGGACGCACUGCCCUGAGGCCCCAUGCCACCGACGACUUCAAUCACGGCGUGGUGCUGAGCAGCAGAGCCCUGCGGGACGGAGAGGUGUUCCAGGUGCGCAUCGACAAGAUGGUGGACAAGUGGGCUGGCUCCAUCGAGAUUGGCGUCACCACCCACAACCCUGCCUACCUCCAGUUGCCCUCCACCAUGACCAACUUGCGCUCUGGGACCUGGAUGAUGACAGGGAAUGGGGUGAUGCACAAUGGGACGACCAUCUUGGAUGAAUAUGGGCACAACCUGGACCGACUCAAGGCAGGGGACACGGUGGGCGUGGUGAGGCGGGAGGAUGGGACUCUCCACUUCUUCGUCAAUGGCAUGACUCAGGGUCCCGCUGCCUGGAAUGUGCCCCCAGGAGUCUAUGCCGUCGUGGAUCUCUAUGGCCAGGCGGCCCAGGCCACCAUUGUGGACGACGUGGAGGUGCCCCCAGUCCCUGAACCACUCCCUGAGGGAAACAACCAGGUGUCCCCAAGCUCCCCAUCGUCUGGGGCUGGGGGCUCGGACCUCCGAUUCCACCAGCUGCACGGCAGCAAUGCUGUCAUCACCAACGGGGGCCGUACUGCGCUCCGCCACAAUUGCCGCAGCGAGUUCAAUGACGCCAUUGUCAUCUCCAACCGGUCAGUGUCUGGACUUUUAUGUCCCCACUUCCCUACUGCUCAGCAUCAGCCACUCAAGUGGGGCCUGUCUGAUGGCCAUUCUCCUGGCAGAGCCCUGAGAGAUGGCGAGCUGUUUGAAAUCGUCAUUCAGAAGAUGGUGGACCGCUGGUCAGGCUCCAUUGAGGCUGGAGUGACUGCUAUUCGGCCGGAGGACCUUGAAUUCCCCAAUACUAUGACAGACAUUGACUAUGACACAUGGAUGCUGAGCGGCACGGCUAUCAUGCAAGAUGGGAACACCAUGCGCAACAACUACGGGUGUGAUCUUGACGCGCUGGGCACUGGCGCCCGCAUCGGUAUGAUGCGCACGGCCAAGGGCGACUUGCACUACUUCAUCAACGGCCAGGACCAAGGCGCUGCGUGCUCAGGCUUGCCUCCCGGUAAAGAGGUGUAUGCAGUAGUGGAUCUGUACGGCCAGUGCGUCCAAGUGUCCAUCACCAAUGCCACCGGCCCCAUGGACAACAGCCUGGCGACCAGCAACACCGCCACUGAGAAGUCCUUCCCCCUGCACUCCCCAGUGGCUGGCGUGGCCCACCGAUUCCACAGCACCUGCGGCAAGAACAUCGCUCUGGAAGAAGACGGCACGAGGGCGGUGCGAGCAGCCGGCUACGCCCAUGGCCUGGUCUUCAGCACCAAGGAGCUCAGGACUGAGGAGAUCUUCGAGGUAAAGGUGGAGGAGCUGGAUGAGAAGUGGGCCGGCUCCCUCCGCUUAGGGCUGACCACGCUAGCGCCUGGGGACAUGGGGCCCGGUGCGGGCGGGGGCCCGGGACUGCCUCCCUCCCUGCCAGAGCUCCGGACGAAGACCACCUGGAUGGUGUCCAGCUGUGAAGUGAGGCGGGACGGGCAACUCCAGAGGAUGAACUAUGGCCGGAACCUGGAGAGGCUGGGGGUGGGAAGCCGUGUGGGCAUUCGCCGAGGGGCAGACGACACAAUGCACAUCCUGGUAGACGGAGAGGACAUGGGUCCCGCAGCCACUGGCAUCGCCAAGAGUGUGUGGGCUGUGUUGGAUCUAUAUGGGCCAGUCCGGAGUGUCUCUAUUGUCAGCUCCACCCGUCUGGAUGAGCCAGAAGGCACUCAGCCUCCUUCCCCCAGCUCGGAUACCGGCAGCGAGGGCGAGGAGGAUGACGAAGGCGAGGAGCAUGGCCUGGAAGGCCAGAACCAAGUGGCCAUUAUGCCCACAGCCCUCGAGUUCCUGGAGAACCAUGGGAAGAAUAUUCUCUUGUCCAAUGGGAACCGUACGGCUACGCGAGUGGCCAGCUACAACCAGGGCAUCGUCGUCGUCAACCAGCCCCUGGUGCCCCAGCUGCUGGUCCAGGUGCGGAUAGACUUCCUGAACCGGCAGUGGACAUCUUCCCUUGUCCUGGGAGUCAUCACCUGCCCACCGGAGAGGCUCAACUUCCCUGCUUCCGCCUGUGCCCUCAAACGGGCAGCCUGGCUGCUGCGGGGCCGAGGGGUCUUCCACAAUGGCCUCAAGAUCUGUGAGAAAUCUGGGCCAAAUCUGGACACAUGUCCAGAAGGCACCAUCCUGGGACUGCGGCUGGACAGCUCUGGGGGGCUGCACCUCCAUAUCAAUGGAAUGGACCAGGGGGUGGCUGUGCCAGAUGUCCCCCAGCCCUGCCACGCGCUUGUGGACCUCUAUGGGCAGUGUGAGCAGGUGACAAUCGUGAGCCCUGAACCAGGGGCUGCCAGUGGGAAAAGUGCUGGAACCCAAGGGGACAUGGAGAAAGCUGACAUGGUGGAUGGUAUCAAGGAGAGUGUGUGCUGGGGCCCACCACCCACCACUAGCCCCCUCAAAAGCUGCGAGUACCAUGCCCUUUGCUCCCGUUUCCAGGAACUGCUGCUGCUUCCUGAGGACUAUUUCAUGCCUCCGCCAAAGCGUAGCUUAUGCUACUGUGAGUCUUGCCGAAAACUUCGAGGGGACGAGGCCCACAGGCGCCGUGGGGAGCCCCCCCGUGAAUACGCUCUGCCCUUUGGCUGGUGCAGGUUCAACCUCAGGGUGAACCCCCGCCUGGAGGCUGGGACGCUAACCAAGAAGUGGCACAUGGCCUACCAUGGGAGCAAUGUAGCGGCUGUCCGGAGGGUGCUGGACCGAGGGGAGCUAGGGGCAGGCACUGCUUCCAUCCUGAGCUGCCGGCCCUUGAAGGGAGAGCCUGGGACAGGGUUUGAGGAGCCUGGAGAGAACUGCGCACCCCCCCGGGAGGAGCAGCCCCCUCCAGUGCUGCUUUCUCCCUCCCUCCAAUAUGCUGGGGCUGAGACCCUGGCAUCCAAAGUGCAAUUCCGGGACCCCAAAUCCCAGCGGACGCACCAGGCCCAGGUGGCGUUCCAAGUGUGUGUGCGCCCUGGCUCUUACACCCCGGGACCCCCUUCCGCGGCCCUCAGAGAGCCUCCCGACCCUCACUUCAGUCCAGCCGAACUUGAGUGGGUGACCAAGGAGAAGGGGGCCACGCUUCUCUAUGCCCUGCUGGUACGGGUGGAGUGA